CAUUAAUGUCGUCUGUCCAUAUUCAUUGUCAUUUGCAAUAUUUCGUUUCGUAGCAAAAUUUUGUCAAUUUAUAAAACAGCUGUCCUUAAUAUCUACAUGAAAAAAUACUUUUAAUAAUCAAACAGUGUUAUGUAGUCAUUUAUGAGAUAGGUGAUGAAUAUAGUAUGAGAUACAUUUAUGAGUAACGACGUAAAACAUUCGUGACCUUUUGUAUUGCUUAAGAUGUCGAUUCCUCCACUUGUCUGCAGUACACCACCUCCUCCUGAACAAUGCGAAGAUGAAAAAGAUCUUGAAGAAUUCGACGUUCAAUAUAAUCUAUCUCAGGAUGAUGAAGAAUGUAGUGAUUACUAUGGACACUAUUCAUCAUAUAGUGUCGAAAUCUCAUCAUUAAAACAUAAUGACUUGCAAGGCAAUUCCGUUUUGGAGGAUGAAAACACAAAGCAAUCUGAUAUAGUAAUAGAUUCAAACCCCACUAUACAAAAUAAAAUAAAAUAUGAAGAAGAUACUAACAUAGAAGAUUUGAAUUUACAAAUAGAUGAUGUGGGAUCACUCAGUGAACUGAAUGAUUCAGCUAAAGAUUCAGUGAAUGAUUCAGCUAAGGAUCCUGUUGAAGGUAAAGUUGUACAUAAUUCAGCAAACACAAAUGUGAAAAAUGAAUUUAUAAAAAAAUUACGUGAAGAGGGUAUUAGUACAGGGGAAAAUUUUCAUUUCAUACCUGUUGAAGAAGAAAAGGAAACCACAGAUCAACAAGUUGAAAUGGUAGAAGAUGAAAUUAUUAGAGACACACUACAGAAUGCUCCAAUUGAAACAGAAAUUGAUGAUAAUUCUGUCAUUGACCUUCAACAUGGAUUAAAUAACACUAAAUUAGAAAAUGAUCCAAAUGAUGAUUUUGGUGAAUUUGAUGAUUUCAAUUCAAAACAAACUGACAAUACAUCUGUCAUUAUUGAGAACUACACCAAUCCUUGGGAAACUGAGGAAGUCAACUCAGAUUUUGGUACUUUCACAGCAAAUUUUGAUGACAAUCAAAGUCAAUUACAAAAUACAUCCUCGAAUUGUGAUGAUAGCAAUUCAGAGUUUGGAGAUUUUAUAGUGAACCCAAAUAAUGAUAGUCAAACACUAAAAUCAAAUGAAAGCUGCACGGCAUCAGAAAGUAGAGAUAUUGUUGAAAAUAUCAGUGACAGUGCCCUUAAAGACUCAAAUUCAAAUAGUGAAGAUGAUGAUGAUGAUUUUGGUGAUUUCGAUGAUUUCAAGUCAUCGGUCCCUCAUGAUGGAAAUACAUUAACCUCACAGCUAGAUGAUCCAGGCACAGCUGUAUUUAAUUUGCAUUCAAGUGACAGUAGUGUUCCAGUUAUAGAGAAUAUAAAUAAAGUAUUACAAUGUAUAUUUGAAGAUGAAAUAGUAAAACCUCAAAAUGAAAUAAAUAUUUCUAUAGAAUCUGUGCUGGGUGAAACAUGGGGGCAUUUAACAGAAACUGAUGUUAGACAGCCUUACAUAGUUAAUUGGAAUCAUUCUUUUGGUCAAAAAACCCUAUUAAGGGCAUUAUGCAUUGAUUCCAGAAAUAUUCUUUUUGGUCACAAGUGGAAUCACAGUAUGCCCAAAUAUGCAGCGAACUUAGGAGCAGCUCCUCUACAACCGCAGAAGUCUACAUCAUCAUCAGUAUUAUCUCCCAAUGAAGAUGUCCCCAAUGAGAAGUCUACAAGUAAAAGCACUCCAUGGGUGGAUCCGGUUGAAGGACAACAGUUCACUUAUGCUGAGGCUCUCCUCCUUGACUUAGAACACCUAAUGGCCACACUAGACCAAAUGGCUCAUAAUCAUUCAAAUCUCAAGAUAUCCGAAUUACUGUCAAAUGCUUGCAAGACUGAAAACGUAAGAACAACUCCUGAAAAUCGACCUACUGACUUGCAUGUGUUUGACGCUAUAGCAACGACAAAAGCUGAAAAGAUAUAUUCAAGCACUAUUAAUGUGCAACCAAUACGACAGAUAAGUUUACCGGACACACAUAUAUUUACACCGACCGAUUCAGAAAUACCUCGAUCGAAAACAAUACAUUACGACAGUCAGCCAACAGUUCUUAUACCUCAAACGACUGAAAAUAAACAUGAAGCUAUUGCAGAGAAGUUUACAGAGUGUUCUGUAUCACGUUCAUCUAAUCACAAAUCUGAUGAUGACGACGAGUACUGGGAAUUUCAAGAUUUUAAAAGUACUCCAUGUGCCACUAAUUCAACAGCAGAAAGAAGUCAAACAAUACAACAAAAUAAUUCAAAUCCACCUAACAUGGCUUCAGAGAGUUCCGUUUCGCAGACUGUAACAUAUCAGACCCAAAUAUUACAACCGAUUAAAAUGGAACCCAUAUUUCCCACCCUAAACUGGCCAGAUCCUGGGGAGGUGAAAGAAGUAUUUAAUGAUUUUGCAGAGUUCGCUUCAAGCUCUUCAUGGAGUGGUAACCAAACUUCAAACCAACUAGAAAUUAAAAUUGAUUCGUCAGUAAACGAUUCUAUUCAAAAACCUUUAAAAGAAGAUUUAACGCUAAAUAGUGAAUCAGUAACUUUUAGUAACACUGAUGACGACUUCGAUACAUUCCAAUCAGCAUUACCAACACAAGUUCCGGCCAAGAGUCUAACGAAUUGUAAAGAUAUUAAUAUUAAAAAUACAGCUCACAAUAUGGUUCAAGACGUAAACUUUGAAUGUGAUUUUCCUAAAAUUAGAAGCGAUAACCCAAACACGUAUUCAUUGUACAACUCAACAGAAUCAAACAAUGCAAACGACAGCGAAACUGUGUUUGGAACAGGAUCUAAAACAAAGGAUGUUUCGAAUAAUUUUAUGGCGGUGAACCCUAUCAUCCACAGUAAUAUCUUACAACCGACAUCGAUUGUUCCUGUUUUUUCGCCUCCGAUAGCUCAACAAAGCACUGGGCAAAUUUUGCAACCCCUAACUUUAGAAAGCUUCUCGCAAAUCAAUUGGCCCAACCCGGGUAUAGAUUUGCAGGAUCUGUCAAGAUUUAAUCCCGUUGAAACGUUACAUUCCUUAAAAACAGACUUGAGCGUGAACCCGAACAAGAGCUCACCUAGUCACAGUAUUAAAACAACCGUUAACAAUUUAACAGCAGAGGACGAUGUUUGGGGCGAAUUCGUAUCGGGUAAGCCACAGGUUUCCGCCAAAAAGCACACAGUGGACGAGGACGAGUGGUCGGAAUUCGUUUCGAGUCCUUCUGUAAAACCACAGAACGGUCUAAGCACAAUAAGCCUAAACGUUCACACUAAUUUAAAUUCCCAGAAAAGUACCAAUAAAUUUAUCGCGAGAAAAAGUGAAAUACCACUUGAUAUUCCAGGUUUAAAUUAUAUUACCCCCAAGUCCAAUAAUUUAAAGACACACACUGAGAAGCAUUUCCAAAAUUUAUAACAAAGUUAUCGAAUUUUAAUAUAGUUAUAACGAAUGUAUGUACUUAAUUUGAUAUAACAAUAAUCUGGUGAAGGGCGUAGCUUUUUAAUAUAUGUAUUGUGAUCUUUAUAAAUAUAUAAAAUUAAUAUUUAAGUUUUAAAACUAUUCUUGAAACAUUAAAAUACUUAAUAAGUUUCGGUCGGUUUCCUAGUCCUGUGUUACCUGCUUACUGAAUAGAAUCUUGCAAUAUUUCAAUAUAAUUUAAAGGUUUUAAGAUGGACGUGUGAGGCACGUCAAAAUUAGAUGUCGAAAACCAACUGUACCUUUGUAGAAUGAAGGUACUUUAAUGAAAAAUUUAUAAAUUCGAUUCACACUAAGUAAAAGCUGUUCGUAACAACAGGUUUGUCUUAUGUACAGAGUUAACUGAAUGUAGUUGAAGCCAUAGAAAUCAAUAGUUGAAACAUUUCAAAACAUGUAAUACUUAAUAAUUGUGAGUAGUGGAAUAUUAGUGUAGAAUUCUAAUUGUAACUGCUCGUUUAUCGAGUGUUAGUGUGAUACCCGUCCUUAUCAUUGUACGUAGAAUAUAAUUAACGAAAUUAAUUUAAGUUAAAGAAAUUUUAUAAUUAAGUUUAUAAAAAAAGUAAUAAAUUGUAAAUUGGUAUAAUACAUAUCUGUAUAUAUUGUGAAUAAUAUAAAAUAAAUUAUUAAAUCUA